AUGUUCUCCUCCCUCUUUUCAACUGCCCCCCCUGUUGAUCCCACGGCACCGAACUUCCGCUCAGUCUCCUCAAAUGUACCCGAGAACGAGAUCUUCGGUGAACUCGAGCCCAAGGACACGGAAUGGGCUUGUGCAGGAGGCUUCGUCGCUGAGACCCAGACGUUCUACAUUACCACGGAGGACGGUGUCAACAUUAUGUGCCAAGUGAUCCACUCUUCCGUUGGCAUCUGGUAUCCUACUAUCCAGUUCACUUGCAAGAUCGCGAACCCAGCGAAGGGGGAAAGAAUUUGGAAGUCUAUCAACGUCACGAACUUUGUAACUCCUCCCCCAGGCUACGACAAACGCUCGAGCAAAGCGGACGAAUACUCUAUCUUGUACAAGUCGAACCCGGAUUCCGAGUUCCCAGAAUCUUACACCAUCCGUGCCAAUCUUGGUGUUGAUCUCCAAGUCUCUCUGGAGCUACAACGACCAGCGUCGAUUCCAGGAUGGAAAGUUGGCAAAGGACCCAAGGGCGGUUACUCGUACUUCGGAACGGACACCAACAACGCGGAAGGAUACGUGAUCCAUCGCUUCUGGCCUAGCCUCCAAGCGAGUGGCCAUCUUAUCCACAACGGCAAGGCCGAUCCCGUCAAAGGUGUUGGGAUGUUCGUUCAUGCCAUCCAGGGCAUGCGACCCGACCUCGUCGCGUCCGCUUGGAAUUUUGCCUUCUUCCAGAGUGACCAGCUGGGAGGGGUGUCGGCCAUCCAGAUGGAGUUCACGACUAUCGACGCGUAUGGCAAACGCGGCGCAGGGUCUGGUGGGGUUGUCGUAAAUGUGGGGUCUCUCGUCAUAGGGAAUAAACUAGCCACCGUCACGACCGAAACAAAGUGGCCGGGCGAGGAACCUACUGGUUCUGUCAUCUCACGGGCAUUGCACCUCAAACCCGAGAGUGACCCUGACACAAGUUAUGGCAAACCUACAGAAAUCGUCUUCGAGUGGAAGGGUCCAUCGAUCGUUGCAGGUGCACCUGGCACAGUGGAGGGGAAGGUUCAGACUGAUCUCGGCACUGUCAGCGAGCCCAAGGGUCUCAUCGAGAAGGUCGACUUCCUCGCAGAAAUUCCCUAUGUUAUCAAGAUGGCAGUGAACUACGUCGCGGGAACAAAGCCCUACAUUUACCAGUGGAUCAACCCAGCUAAGCUUUCUCUCACAGGCCCAGACACAUUGUCUCCUGGGCUUUCGUCGGGAAUAGAGGUUGAAGGAUAUCUUUACAACGAGGCCACGUUCAUUUCUUAG